UACAGUUUUUCAAAAUUUAUCAUCGUCUAAGUCCUGUUUCUCUUUUUUAUACUAUUCAUCGUCCUCACUACUCAUCUUUACGUCUUCAUCACUCUAAAUAUGUUCGCAUUCCAUCUUCUGUUGAUGGUUAUUCUCCGCAAACGGUGCAUGCUCCUUUUUUUUAUUCAACUAUUGUUGAUUGGAAUAAUCUCCCAGAGUCAGUUAUUUGUCUUUCUUCUUUAACGUCUUUCAAAACAGCUUUACUUCAGUAUCUCUUCCAGUGAAACAUAUCGGUUAUGAAUUUAUAUUUGUUCUUUUUUUCUUAUUUUUUUUUAAAAAAAAAUCUUUUUACUUUCUUUUUUUUUCCUUUUUACUACUUCUGGUUCUAACGUUAGUUGUCUUGUUUAUUGUUCUUUUUUUACUCUUUUGAUAUUACUUGGCUUGAGUUAUUGUUAUUACAGGUCGGUGACCUUUGAUGACUUAUACUUUUCGUGAAUAAAACAGUCUUAGUUAGUUAGAGAGAGGGAAUGUUGAGCCAUGCAUACAAAUAUUGAUCAUUGUCUAUUUUCCACUCCGAAACGCUCUGUUUUUUGUCUGUACUUUGUAAUGAUGUAGUAAAGAUCUUUGUACAGGUUUGAUUCAAAUUGUCUUCUGAUACUUUGUACUCUGAUAUAUUUUGCUGCCCCGAAAAUACUUUGUUAUCUACUCGCUAAAUUCUUUAGUUUUUAUGAUUUUUCUCAGGUCAACGUCGAGGGUAUUCCAAAUUUUGGUGAUUCUUGGAAAGAAAGAGGAUUGAUAAUUAGUUGUUUUUCCGAAUAUUCGUUUUACUUUAUAUAAAUUAUUAGAUCGAGUGUGAUAAUUUGGAUUGUGCAUCGGUUGAAUGUAUUUACAUAAAAAUGUUGGUGCUUGAUGUGUGACAAUCUUAUGCAUUAGUUUUAGAUGAAAGAUGUUAAAUGUAUUCUCGAAUGUUGUCUAUCCAGAACUAAUUGUGUAGGAAAUAUAAAAUAGAACUAGAUUUUUUAACAGCAUAGCUGAAGUGACUUAAAAACAUAGUUAGAAGACGUUAAUCGAUGAAGUAUUCAACUUUGAUAUGAUUGCUUUUACUCUGUUUUUUUGUGAAAAUAGAUAACGUGAUUAUUGUAUUUAUUGCAUAUCUGUUGGUACUGAGUUGAAAAACUGACGAAAAAAUAUCACAACCGCAACGAGGCUAUUUAGUACUUUACCUGUCCAAUAUGUAGUACGACGUUGUUUAAGACUUGAUUAACUAAAUUCAUUUUUUUUUGUAGAUAAUGAAUUUGACAUUUAUAUGUCAUAUAUUUAUCACUUUGUUAAUUACAUGUUUAUGUUGUGGAAGAGUUGCAACAAGAAGGGUUAAACAUAGUCUAAAAGAGUUAGAUAAACGUCAAUUAAACUGUUUUGCGUCACCAUUAUCGACUGACACGUUUAAUGAUAAACUAUUAGCACCCAUACUUGUUGAACGUGUAUCGGGAACAAACGGAAAUUUUAAAGUUAGACAACAUAUUAUAUCCACUCUGAGAUCAAAUGGCUUUGAUGUUGAUUUGGACGCAUUUGAUUCAAAAACACCGGAUGGUGUUGUUGAAUUUACAAAUAUUAUUGCCACAUUAGAUCCUACAUCUAAACGUCGUCUUGUUCUUGCAUGCCAUUAUGACUCAAAAAAAUUAGUUAAUUUUAUUGGUGCUACUGAUUCUGCUGUACCCUGUGCUAUCCUCCUAGAUAUAGCUGUUAGUUUAAAACAACAGUUGAGCGAUCUAAAAUCUAAAAAGGGUGAAAUUACGUUACAAUUAAUUUUUUUUGAUGGUGAAGAAGCCUUCAGAGAUUGGACAGCAACAGAUUCAUUAUAUGGCUCAAGACAUUUGGCAACUAAAAUGAGAGAUACCAUGGUUCAAGGACAAACGAAUUUAAAUCAGAUACAGGCUAUUGAUAUGAUGGUACUAUUAGAUUUAAUUGGUGCUAAAAAUCUUCAAUUUCAAAAUUAUUUUGAACGAACAACCGGACUUUACUAUGAACGUUUAAAAACAAUUGACCAUGAUUUGCUGAAAUUGACCAAUAGUCUAUCACGACCUGUGUUUACAUCAAAUAGAAGUCCAAAUUAUAUUCAAGAUGAUCAUGUACCAUUUUUACAAUUAGAUGUUCCGAUACUUCAUUUAAUAUCAUAUCCAUUUCCCAAUGUUUGGCAUACAUCUGGUGAUAAUGAAGCAAAUUUGGAUUAUCCAACAAUUCAUCAUAUGCGAAAUGUAAUGAAAAUAUUUGUUGUAGAAUACUUACAUCUAAAACAAAUAAGUUGUUAG